UACAGCGCCAUCCUUUCUUCUUCCUUCGCACCAUAACUUAUGAGCUCCUUCUUCACUCUUCUACAUCUCCUCCCUCCCUCUCCCUCCCUCUCUCAAAAAAUCUUCCAUCACAAAUCAUGCCGGAUUCCGGCGACGAUCCGCUAGCCGAAUUCCGGUGGGGGGCCGAGACGAAGGUCCUCCUCGGAAAAUACGAGCUCGGCCGUCUCCUCGGCUGCGGUUCCUCUGCAAAGGUUUAUCUCGCCCGCAACCUCCGCACAGGACAGACUGUUGCUAUAAAAUGCUUCAGCAAGCUCCGCCUCUCCAAAUCCGAACUCGUGAAUCACGUUAAGCGGGAGAUCUCCAUCCUCCGCCUUCUCCGCCACCCCAACAUCAUCCACCUCCACGAGGUGCUCGCGUCCCGAUCCAAGAUCUACUUGGUCCUCGACUAUGUCAAGGGCGGCGAGCUCUUCGAGCGCGUCUUCAACGCCGGCCGCUUGUCGGAAAAUCUCUGCCGCCGCUACUUCCAGCAGCUCAUUUCUUCCGUCGGCUCCUGCCCUACCCAGGAGCUCGGUUACUGCCAUUCACGCGGCGUCUUCCACCGAGAUCUAAAGCUCGAGAACCUCCUGCUUGACGAGAACGGCGAUCUUAAGGUCUCUGACUUCGGCCUCUCCGCGAUUCCCGAUAUGGUCCAAGCUGACGGACUUUUUCACACUCUGUGCGGCACUCCCGCCUACGUUGCGCCAGAGAUUCUCGCCAAGAAGGGCUACAGCGCCGCCACCGUCGAUCUCUGGUCCUGCGGCAUCAUACUCUUCGUCCUCUUCACCGGUUAUCUUCCCUUCAACGACUCGAAUCUCAUGGCAAUGUACCGCAAAAUCUACCGCGGCGAGUUCCGAUGCCCUAAAUGGACAUCGUUCGAGCUCAGACAUCUCAUCGGCCGCCUGCUGGACAAAAAUCCCGAGACCAGAAUAACAGUGGAGGAAAUCAUGACUCAUCCCUGGUUCAGAAAAGGGCUGGAUGCCAAGAAAUGGGCGGCGAUGGCGAGCUUUCAGGAGGAGGGUGCGGGGGAUGAGGAGUACAAGAUUUCGAAAGCAGAGGCGGUGGAUGCAGAGAAAAGACAGCUCAACGCUUUCGACAUCAUCGGGUUUUCUUCCGGUGUGGAUCUCUCCGGGCUCUUCGGCGUGCAGAAGAGGGAGAGAUUUAUCUCCGGCGAGGCGCCGGAGAAGGUGCUCCGGCGGGUGGAGGAGGCGGGGAGAAGCGAGGGUUUGGUGGUGAGCAGGAAAGGGGAGAAAGGGAGCGUAGGGGUGGCUUUGCGGGGUCAAUGUGGGAAUUUUGUCGUUGGUGUGGAGGUUUACCGGCUGAGCGAAGAUUUAACUUUGUUGGAAGUACAGAGGGGCCGGUUCAUGGAGGGGAGGGAGCGCUGGGCCGGCGAAUUUUGGAGGGAGAAUUCGCUAAGGGACCGCGUAACGCCGGUUGUGGAUUCGGUUUCUGGGACGGCGGUGAACCGCUAAGAUCUGAGCCGAUCCAGAUUCCGGAUGCAGAGCGUUGGUCAGCGAUGGAAAAAACCGAACCGGUUUUCUACCUAUGCGUUAUUUUUGUGUAUAUUACCAUAUUUUUUUUUAAAUGUUUUGACCUUUUAUCCGAAUCUGUUGGGGCCAUAUAAUGGUUCCACUAAUUGAUUUAA